AUGAUAACUAAAAUCAAUAAAUAAAAUUUCUUGCAAUAAAAUAAAAAAGAGAAGUAAUUUAGAGAAUUAGAGAGGAAAAAAAGUGAGAUGGCAUCUAAAAUUUUUCUAUUUUACAAAAAUACUAAAAUUUGUAAUGAAUUAAAUCAAUCCAUGAUUAAAUUAUAUCUUCCAAAAAUCUAAACUGCUUUAUCAGUUCAAUUUAUGAAGGAAUAAGUAAAUAUAUUUUAUAUAUAAGCAAACAUUUUAUAAAGUCUGCAAUAUAACACUAAAUAAAUGUCCAGAAUUUUUAAAACCUUUUUUUCUUUUAAAUAAAAAGAAUGUUUUAAACAAUGAAACAUAUGUUUUAAACAUGAUAUAACUUUUUAGUGGAUGCUUACAAAUUUAAUAAAAUAACUUUAUUAUUAAUUUAUUUAAAGGAAACCAAUUUAUAAUAAAUAGAUUGCAUGUAAUAAUAAAAUAUUAAUUUUAAGUUUUUCAAAGCCAUUCAUCUUGGAUUACAUUUGAUUAAAAUAUCUAAAUAAGCUAAUACUUUUUUGAUACAUUUAAAUGACAUUUUUAUUUCAAUACAUUAAUUAUUAAGUAAUAAUUAGUUAGGUAAAUACUUAUAUUAUUUUAGAUUUGUUUUAUAGUUAAUUUAAAAGAUUAGAUACUUAGAUUUUAAAUAAUAGUUUGCCUUAAUUGAUACAAAUGAAAGGAUUUGAAAUAUUCUUAUUUUACUAUUUAAAUUUAAAAUAAAAUGAAUAAACAGCAUGGGAUUUAGGAUAUAAUUAUGUAAUGAUGAUAGAAUAAAACAAUAAUGAAUUUGAUUAUAGUGAAUUGAUGAAUCACAUUUUAAAUUCUUCAUAGUAUAAAUAUUUAAUUUCAAUUGUUUUAACAUCAGAAUAGGAAUUAUUAUAAAUAAGAAAGUUGUUUUAAAAAUUACAGACUUUGAAAAUUCAUAAUAGUGAAUUAUUAUUUAUUAUUAUGACAUAGUUAUUGCAAGUAUUAGAAUAUACUUUUUAUCGUAUGAAUAUUCCCCAAGAUUAUAAAAAUUUGUAGUUUCAAAAUAAUUCAGAAUAAAAACAAUUAAAAAUAUUAAGGAAAAAAAAAGAAUUUGUGUAAUUCACAGAGUCAAUUAAUUUUGAAAAUCUUAUAAGUUUAUUGAAAAAUUAAUAAGUAACAAACUUAGGUUCAAUAAGUAAAUAUAUUUAUUAUUUGAUAAAUAUUGGACAUAAGAAAAAGUUAGAAAUUAUUUAAUAAAUUCAAGAAUUAAGAUUUAUAGAUAAUGAAUUUACAAAAUAUUUGCUUAAUUUAUCAAAAAUAAAAGAAUUGGAUAUGAUUCCAGCAGAAGCUAUAUCUGUUUAUUGUUAUUUUAAAGCUCAUGAAUUUUAAUUAUUAGAUGAUAAAGAAUUUAAGAGUAUAAUAUUUGAAAAUGAAAAAGUAAAAGAAACAUUUAUUGGGAUUUUUGAAUUUAUUUUUGAAUACACAAAGUUUAGCAUUUCUAAUAAUAUAAAUUAAAAUAUUUUUAAAGAACUUAAAUUAUUUGUAAGAGAAGUAUUUGAUAGAAAUUAAGUUUUGCAUUUUUAUGAUUGGAAAUAUGAAAAUAUGGUAAUUAAUAGUCGUUUACCAAUAUUGUCAUUAUUUUCAUUAAGAAUUGAAAAAUUUAAUUAAUAUUUGGAAGAGGACAAAAAGUUAUUUUAAAGAGAUUUAUUAGAAUUGUUUACAUUAGAUUAAUUUGGAGAUGCAGUUGUAAAUCAAAAUAUGAUUGUGAUCAUAAGAAGAGGAUAAGAAUUUUAAGAUGCAUAUCAGUAAUUGGAGAAGAAAUAAAUAAAGAAUAUUUUUAAAGUAUAGUUUGUAAAUUAAAUGGGAAUACCAGAAGAUGGGGUUGAUGCAGGAGGAGUAACAAAAGAAUUUAUAACAAGAGUAGUUAAUUAAGCAUUAGAUCCUAAUUUUGGUUUAUUUAUUGAAACUGCAGAGAAAACAAUGAUUCCUAAUCCUGCAUUUAUUUAAAAUGAAAAAUAGUAAGAAUUAAUCUAUUAUAUAGAAAAUAUGAUUUUAUUGGAAAAAUAAUAGGUAAAGCUAUAUAUGAAGGAGUACUAAUAGAGAAAGUUUUAAAUUAAGUGUUUUUAAAUUAAGUUUUAGGAAUAACAAAUACAAUAAAUGAUUUUAGAUUUUAUGAUUCAGAUUAAUAUCAUAGAUUAUGUAAUUUGAAGAAUCAAGAUGUAAGUGAUUUUGGAUUAACAUUUUCAAUAACCUAAGAAUUUUAUGGAUAGAUUGUUGAGUUUGAUUUAAUUCCAAAUGGAAGAUAAAUUAAUGUAACAAAUGAAAAUAAAUUAUAAUACAUAAAUUUAUAUUGUCAUUUUAAAUUGAAUAAAUAGGUAUGAUAUAUUAUAGAAUUAAUAGAUAAAAGAAUAAAGUUAAAUAUUUAGAGCUGGACUUGAAAAAGUAAUCGAUCCUGAGAAAUUUAAAUUAUUUACUAAUCAGGAAUUAUAAUUGUUAAUAUCAGGAUAACCAGUUAUUGAUAUUUAAGAUUUGAUUUCGAAUACAUAAUAUUAAGGAUAUAAACCCUAUGAUAAAACUAUACAAGAUUUUUGGAGUGUUUUGAAUGACUUUGAAUAUGAAUAGUAGAGUUAGUUUUUAUUCUUCUUCUCUUCAUGUUCAAGGGCACCAACUUAAGUAUUGUUAAUUUUUAUAUAUAAUAGGGAUUUAAGAGUUUAGAUCCUCCUUUUAUGAUUUAAAAAGUUCCAAUUUUACAUCCUAAUGAAAAAUAGAAAUUACCUACUUCAUCUACUUGUUUCAAUAUUCUAAAAUUACCUGAUUAUUAAGAUAAACAAAUACUAAAGGAGAAAUUACUUAAAGCCAUUAGUUCAAAUACAGGAUUUGAAUUAACAUGA